CGGCGCGCAGGCAAAGCUCAGGCUAAGCUCAUGGGCGACGAAGAGAAGCGGGUAACGCGGCGAUGGAGCGCCACGCCGUCGCAACCGACGCCCGUCCUGCCCGCCAUUGCCGGGUUCACCGCGUGCGGCGCCCUUGCGAUGGGCUUUGGCGCCGGGUACGGGUCGCGCUCCUUCCACCAGUCCGAGGCGUAUAAGGAGCUGCUGGAGAAGUUCCCGGACCGCCCGACCGCCGAGAUGGAGGCGUAUGCGCGGCGCGUCGGCGGCCGCGCGCUGCUCGCGGGCACCGGGCUCGCGGCGCUCAUGGGCGUGGGGGCGGUCGCCACGGCGCGUGCUUAUGGCAUCACCACCGCCGCGCAGUUUGGGGAGGAGGUGCGGCGGUGGUUCCCGACGACGGAUGUGCUGCGUGAGGGCGUCGAGAAUUCGCCGCUGCAGCCGCUCCAGCGCAAGCUGUCCGCCAACCUGCAGACCGCGCGCGACUCUGCGGGAGGGGCCUACCAGCAGUCGAAACUCGGCCGAAAGCUGAGCGCACAGGCGCAGGCGAGCAGCGAGAAGGGGCAGGCCAAGGUGGAGAAGGCGAUGCAGCCGUGGGAGAAGGAGCUCCUCGAGAAGCUGCGCGAGCUAGAGGCGGAGGAUGCCGCCAAAGCCAAGAGGGCGUCGUGAGGGGUGGCGAGGAGGGAGGGGGAGCUGCACUCCCCCAAGAGAAGGGAGAGAGGGGGGAGGGAGGUAGGGGGGUCGACGGGAGAGCGUCGGCCGCCGGGGGUUGCUUGGCCUCCUCCCGCCGCCGCGCGAGGAGAACUCCGCGGGGCUUUUGUCCGCUGUCCGCUCUAGUCUCUGUGCACACUGUGUGUCCCUACCUAGUGGCCUGUGAGAUGUGACUGUGGCUCUCGUGGCUCGCGUGCGAUUCUAGUCUCGCUCCGAGCAGCAUGGUGUGGAGGUCUUGCUUGUGCGCGUGGAAUACAUCCGUGCUCUAGUACUUUC